GAUCCUGUGUGUGAUUGGCUGAUGCUAUUCUGUAUGUAAUUGGAUGGUGUGAUCCUGUGUGUGAUUGGCAGGGGAAGCCGGGAGUCGAUGAGAGGCAGGGAUUCCUGGAGACCCGGGAGAGAGAGGGCCCCUGGGGGAGACUGGCUUCCCAGGCCCCGAAGGACCCCAAGGCACUCCGGGGAGAGCUGGGAAAGAUGGCAUACCUGGAUAUGAGGGAGCUACAGGAAGACCAGGAGAGAGGGGAUCCAAAGGAGAACGGGGAGACCCAGGGAUCGCUGGGGAGAGGGGCGUCCAGGGCGAGAGGGGCGUCCAGGGGGAGAGGGGCUGGGCAGGAGAGCCAGGCCCGGUGGGGCCUCAGGGGUACAGAGGAGACCCCGGGCCCCCUGGCCCCCUCUCCACAUCCAGCCUCCUGAGUGAUGCCAAUUCUAUGGAGGAAAUAAAAAUGUUUAUCCGAAGUGAAGUGCUGAGGGUGUUUGAAGAGAGGCUGUCUAACUCCGCCGCGCAGCAGAAGACACCGGCGGCCAUCUUGGCGGCGCAGGUGCGGCACGGGCCCCCCGGCCCCCCUGGUACCACCGGCCCCCCUGGGGAGACGGGGCCCCCAGGACCUCAAGGGUAUCGAGGCCAGAAGGGGGAGAGAGGUCAGCUGGGUCUGGGGAUACCAGGAGCUCCUGGACCCACCGGACCUCCAGGUCCACCAGGGGGCUCCACUCAGGGACCGCCCGGCCUCCCUGGAGCCCAGGGGAGGUGUGACCCCAGCGACUGUCUCCACCCCUCCCCCCACUCCCUGAGGAAUGGAUAACCCUUCUCCCCUACCUCACCCCGCCUCAUCCAGCCAGG